AAAUAAAUCAAUUCAAUGGAUACAUUCCAUCGAAAAUUUUUAAAAAUUUGUUGUGUGGAGGCUGAAUUCAACGUUGAUAGUGUAAAAUAUAUUAAUUCCACUUCCAAAUAAACAAAACAUCGCGUAUUAUAAAAUAAUAAAUUUAAGUCAACAUUGUACAAAUGUAUAUUGAAGACUAAUUUUGUUUUUUGUUUUUUAAUUAGUACAUUUGUAAAAUAAAAUUUCGUCGUGCGUACAUUAUUCUACGGUAACUUUUGCAGCAGCUGUUUUGUUAAUAAAUAUUACCAAAACGUGAGUUUGACAGUCACUGAACAGACUGCGUAUCGCUGCUGCUUGCGAUGACAUUUCGUUUUAGCAACCGAAAUAGUGUCAUUUGUCAAACACACACACCAUAAUCAAUGCAGCGCAUCCGACGUCAACGCUAGCGUCGCUGUUGUGGGCUUUUCACAGUGUUGUAUUCUAAUUAAUACGAGUGAAAAUUGUAAAUAUAGCGAACAGAAAAACACAACUUGUCGAAGGCUAUUUAACAUCUGGUGUUUUUACUAAUUUUCGGAGAAUUUCUCUCUUUAAUAAUUCCAUUCGAGAAAAAUACGAGAACGUACAACCCUGUUCGCUGCAGUCGACGUCGAAGCAACGGCGAACCGAAAAUUGACAAAAGUAGCGACUGUUUCACACGACAGCAGCAGUGCAGUCGAAAAUCAUGAAGUUUGUAAAUGGUAUAAGGGCAAAAUAGGAAAGAAGGAAGUGAAAAAGAUAAAGAAAGGAGGAAAAUAUAUUUUGACAAAGUGUUUCUCGUUCGUAAAUCCCGAAACAAACUACGUCUUAUAAAACAUAAUUUUCCAAAUUGAAAAUCACUUAAAAAAGAAAUUAAAGAAGCGUUAAAAAUCGUUAAAAAGUGCAAACAGUGAUCGCGGUCGGGCAAAUAAGCGCCUGGAAGCCGAGUAGACGGCGACGAGGACCAACGGCAACAGUAGCAGAGCAAUAUCGUGACCACUAAAAGUCACUACGCAAGGCUUCCAAUAAAAUUGAGUUACGUCCAAUAAAUUAACUUAGUACGCGUAUAAAAACGCCAUUUGGUAUUGCUAAAAUAUAAUAAUACCUGUAAAAAAACGAAAAAAGAUUCACAGGCGAUAAUUGGCCACAAUUAUGAGUGUUGUAAGACACUUCGUGCUGCUGUCACAGCUACCGAGGCUUGGACCAAAUUAUUAUUGGUUAAGAGGUGUCUGUUGCGCCAGUGUCACCCAAAUCAAGAACUCCAAUGACACCGUCACCUCAACACGUUGCUUGCACAACCACACAGAUCGCGGCGAUGCUUUCCGCACAUCCGUGAUACCCACGGCGACAUCAUCGCACGGCGGCAACACCACCAGCGACACCUCAUCGGGCGCAGGCGCUACUAGUGGCGGUUCGACGGGUGGCGUUAGUGGCGGCGCUUCGAGUGCAGGCAGCGGCGGUGAACCACCCAAUGAUAAAAAUAUACUCUCAUGUCCGAAAUGCGGUAAUCCAUGCACUCAGGUGGAGACGUUCGUCAGUUCGACGCGUUUCGUAAAAUGCGCCAAAUGUAACCACUUCUUUGUCGUACUCUCCGAGGUCGAUUCGAAGAAGAGUCCAAAAGACGAGCCGAAAAAUUAUCGCAAACCACCACCACCCCCACAGAAGAUUAUGGAAUACCUAGAUCGUCAUGUGGUCGGGCAGGAUUUUGCGAAGAAAGUGCUUUCAGUUGCCGUUUACAAUCACUACAAACGUAUUCAUCACAAUUUGCCGCAAGUGCAGACGCAAACGACCAUACAGACCGCCGAAGCAAUGGGGCGUACAGAUUUGCUGCAUAUCUCCGGCAUUGGGCAUACAAUUUCCAACACAUCAGGCACCGAGUUGCCACCGAAGGGCCACAUGUCGGGUGGUGGCGGACAUCAUGCGCAUUCGGACUCUGGUUCGGAAAUAUUGGAUAAACAAAAUUACGAAGUGAAGCUGGAGAAGAGUAACAUUUUGAUGUUGGGUCCGACUGGUUCGGGAAAAACCUUGAUUGCCCAAACAAUCGCGCGCUGUCUUGAUGUACCGUUUGCGAUCUGUGACUGUACCACACUCACACAAGCCGGCUAUGUGGGCGAGGACAUUGAAAGCGUAAUUUCAAAGCUGUUACAAGACGCCAAUUACAAUGUUGAACGCGCUCAAACCGGCAUCGUGUUCUUGGAUGAAGUCGAUAAAAUCGGCGCGGUACCCGGCAUUCACCAGCUGCGUGAUGUUGGUGGUGAAGGUGUGCAACAGGGAAUGCUAAAAAUGCUGGAAGGUACGAUCGUCAAUGUACCCGAACGCAAUUCGCCGCGUAAGCUGCGAGGCGAGACAGUGCAAGUGGAUACAACGAAUAUACUAUUUGUAGCGUCAGGCGCCUACACUGGUUUGGAUCGACUCAUUGCUAGACGAAUCAACGAAAAGUAUUUGGGUUUCGGUAUACCCUCAACAAAUUCGUCCGGACGUCGCGCCGCUCAAUCGACGGCCUCCCCCAUGGACAGUGAUCAGGAGGAGCGCGACAAAAGCCUAAAAAAAGUGCAAGCCAGAGAUCUCGUUGAAUUCGGAAUGAUACCUGAAUUCGUUGGUCGCUUUCCUGUCAUUGUGCCUUUCCACAGCCUCAAUGUGAGUAUGUUGGUGCGCAUUCUAACCGAACCUAAGAAUGCUUUAAUACCGCAAUACAAGGCGCUCAUCGGCAUGGAUAAGGUGGAAUUGACAUUCGAACGGGAUGCCAUCGAAUCAAUAGCCGCCAUGGCGAUGGAGCGUCACACCGGUGCACGUGGCCUGCGUUCAAUUAUGGAGCAAUUGCUGCUCGAUCCGAUGUUUUUGGUGCCCGGCUCCGAUAUCACCGGCGUGCACAUAACCGCCGAAUAUGUGAAGGGCGAUGCCCAGCCUGUGUACGUACGAAAGGAGAACGGCGAUGCUGGUGCCGCGGAUGAGAACGAUAGUGAGGGUAAAAACUAUGAGGACAGCGAAAGCGCCAAAGUACGCAUCACGCAAUAGAACGGCACGGUGUGACACAUACAGCUGCUAAGUCGGGAUGUUGGCAAAAAUGUUGCAACAACAUGUUGCGCUAGCCUUGAAGUGAUCGAGUGCUUUAACUAUAAAAUGCAAUUGUAUAUCUGUCAGUUUUAAAGAAACUAAAUUUUUGCGGUUGCGUUGUGGCGUUACGUUAGUCCUCCUUUCACUACAACAACAACAACAAUAGCCACACAACUACAAGUACUGUUCAUAUUUUACGUUAUUUGUUAAUUAAAUGCUAAAUCUGCAAGAAAAUCUAAAAAAAUCAAAGGCAAAAAACAUUAAGAUAUCAAAAUAACAACAAGAAACCAUUAUCAAAUAACAAUUAUAUAUCUAUUAUUAAAUGAGAACUUAUGUAU